AUGACUCAGCGGUAGAUCCACCUCCACCGUCCUCCGAUGGUGCCCCGCCCGCGAUUCUACCCGCGCCCGUGGAGUCGGGAGUUGUUACUGGUGCAAAUAAUACUUCUGGAGGCGGCGGAAGCGGCACUAGUAGUUUAUCCCCAACUGUUGUUGUGGAUUUUGCCGCGCUGCGCAAAAAGGCCGCCUUGGAGGAACAGGCAGACGGAGACAAUGACGCAGAUGAUGAACUAAGCACAGCUACAUCUUCAUCGACGGCCGUUACGACAACAACCAGCACCACGACAACCACGACUACAACCACUACAACAACCACUACUACAACGACCACUACCACUACAACUUUCGUCUCGUCUGGGCAAACGGUCCGGGAUGUGGAUGGUGGCACUGUUGACAGCAAGAAGCUCACCCUGAAGUUGAAAACGGGCGCUAUGUUCAACGGGCCGUUGGAGUGCUGGGACGGUUGUUAUCCACAGUAAAUUUCCCGUACACGUACAAAUGCUGUUUCUGCAUGACAAAAGUUGACUCCGAUUCUAGUUUAGCAUGACAAGUGUCACAGCACUCCAAAUUGGUGAAAUUUGUGAUGCAUCUUGUACAUGUACGGAAAAUUUGUAUUGCAUAGUUGUGAUCAGGCAGCUGGGUGGUGCGAGAACGCGUGCAAGAUCACGGCCGGUCCCGAUCACGAAAAUUACAAAGGUGCGUGUUGUAUGUGGCAGAAAAACUCGGCCACUUGGGCCGAUAGUGACCCGCGGGAGUGCCGCAUUUUGUCCGCUUUGCAAGGACCACGCGACGAAAAAAGCUUUAUCUCCAAUGCGUACUGGAAUUCCCCUUACGACGACUACCACGCCUGCGUGGCGGUGCCAAAAUGGGUCGAGACCUUUGAGUCCUGUAAGGGAUCAUCGGGCAAGUGCACGGAGGCCGGCUUGUGCGACCACUGUCCCGACGAUGGGGGCUUGACUGGGGCGUGUUGCAAGAAGGGGAACGACUACGACUCUGAUCACUACUGCAGCCACGUAAAGGCGCUGGGCGGUUCUACACAACAAGUUCAGUACCCGACUGCAGAUGGAAAGCUCAAGGGUAAUGACUACGCAAAACAGUUUCGCGAUUUCGAGUGCGUUCUCGUUUCCACCACGACCACCACGACAACCACAGAGUGGCCGGAGUUUACGUACGUUACCGACGCAUGCACCGGCGCUGACGACUUUACAUACACGGCACCGGAGAAGGUUCGCACGGAGGUGCCGGGAAGGAAGUACGGCGUGCGCUGCUGUGGCGACGACAGUGUUCUUGACCUGCUUCCGCUGGCCAGGCAGCACGGGUUUCCCAACAACCCCUUCACAUCCCCGGAUGAGAAACGCGACUGCAUGGCGGGUGCGAAGUGCGACGAAAACACGGUGGACUGGGGCGAGGCUGUCACCGCGUGCGCGAACUUGGGCCGUCGGGUGUGCUCCGUAGAGGAGCUGCACCUGCCACGCGCGCGUGAGGGAACGGCGUUCAUGUGUUGUGGCCUUGAGUAUCAUAUUGACAAGUUGUGCUGCCUCUACUAGUACUUGGCCCAGAAUUAUAGAGAAAUCAUAAUGUUAAUGUUUGUAAUGCAAAGUUCUUUAUUGUUCCCGCUGCGGCUGCCCGUGUGUUAUAUGCCGAUUGUCUGUGCUACAAAGGAACGCCGUGCUAUAAGCGCUAUCUGUCACUAUCAAAAUGUUGAAGUUACAAUAAAUGUGGGUUAUUGGAUUUGCAAAAGUGCGAUCAUGAAAAAAUGCCAAGCGUUCCCAUGCUGGUCUACUGAGAACGCUUCCCAAGCAAACUCUUUGAUGUAGUUCUUGUAUUCAGGGUGCAUCGCCACUUUUCCUUUUCAUAUCGCAGACGGCUGCGAUGGCCAUAAAGUGUGGACCUCUGGUUACCUGGGCGCCCCCGUGGGGCCCCCGACGAGUUCCGGUGCAAAUAAAGCCUACGUCGUCCGGCCCUGCAGCAAAGCGGCUACGGAAACCGCAACCGGGUUGCGCCCGCCGAAAGAAGUCGACCGAGGUGCCAAGCACGGGGUGCGGUGUUGCGGAAACAAGGACGACGUCGAGGCAGCCAUCGGCCGUGGCCUCCCGCUUGCUGGGCCCUCCUGGCCGCACGUGUCGGAGGGCGGUACAACGUAUCAAGAUGAAAACAAAAACGUGGACUGCAAGCUUGGGGCAGCCUGCAACAAGAAAGGUGGGAAGAUAUCCUGAGUAAAAACAUCCCCCCACCAGAGUCAAGAUGGGGAUUUUGCAACACAAACCUAGAACUUUUGGGGGUCACGAUUCACAAGUUGCAGUCCGUAGUGUAGUGCAGGUUCGCAAGGCCAGCUGCAUCAGAAAUCCAUCUUCUGAUCCUGUUUACAACAUUACAAAUUCCAAAACACGACUAAAAAUGCCUCUCCUGGCGAUGCGCAUUACAAAUGUUCCUGUCAUUGCACAUUUGCAUGACAACUUUGGUGUGGGGACGUUUUUACUCAGGAUAGAAGAAAGUCACCUACGAGGAGGCGAUCGACACUUGCGCUUGGAUGGGGCGCCGACUGUGCACCAUCGACGAUAUGCAUUGCAAAUAUGUCUGGGUCUGGAAGGAUGGAAUGUUUGUCAUGCUUGUCUGGCAUGACUGAAGAGUUUGUCAUGCGUGUCCAAGAAGAGACCCUUUUGCUUGUCAUGCAAAAAGCAGUUUGUCAUGUGGAAAGCGGAAGCGCAACACCAAGUCGCGCAAAUAUUUCUCAUGCUUGGCUGUGCAUUUUUACAGAGAAUUCACUAUAAUUCACAACUCAGCAUUACAAGUUUCCAAACCGAGACAUAUUUGCAUUUGAUAGACGAGCUCUUCCUACCGCGGUUGGGCGCAGAUAGUCACUUGUGCUGCGGAAAUGGGGGUGGGUGUGAUCAGUCUUACAUCUGGACGCAGGGGUAUUCCAUUACCGAGGAGAUGCGGAUCAUGGAUACGACCACUACGACCACCACGACCGCGCCGGGCCAGGCGGUAUCAAAUGCACCAAUACGACGUUUCUGGGUCCGCUCUGGAAGGAAGAAAACUACAGUAUUUGCCAUGCAGUUUUCGCAUCUGCUCCUGCGCGAAGAUCAACAUCUUCUGGAAUGCACAGAGGGCAUGAAAAAUUCUGAGGAGCGGUCCCUUGUGGUUCCAUGCCUGGCUGUAGUCCGCAUGAUAAAGAGAAACAAUGCCCCCUUUUCCUGGGGGAAAAUAUCGCGCAUCUACUGCUGCUGACAGACUAUGCAACACUGAUUAGCAACAUCGUCUCUACAACUUUCAGAAUCCGCAUCAGAGAUGAUUGGCACAACUCUGCUUCCAGACCAACACCCAGACGUCGUGAUAGUAUUUGCAAUGCAUAGGAGGAACGAGAAAAGAUCGAACACUACGCCGUCGCUUUGUGUACGACACUGCAGAUACGCGAGAACGAGAAAUCAGGCGAGAAAGCAGAGGAAAACCUCGAACAGUGCACGGGCAGAGCCGUAAGUUUCUAUCCCCCGGACUUUCACGCUUUACUGAUGAAGAACAUGAUGGAGCAGAACCAAUUAUCAAAGUGUGUACAAAUAACAGAGUGGAUAAUUAUGCUCCUGCAACCACCACCGAGACCGACGAUGAUCUUCAAGCGAUAA